AUGGAGCGCCUUCCAGGUUUCAAUGUUGCGAACCACUUUGAGAAGCGUCAGCUUCUCAUCGCUAUUAAUUGUGUCGCUGCUCUGUCGAUCUUCUUCUUUGGAUAUGAUCAGGGGAUGAUGGGUGGUGUUAAUAACUCCAAAGAUUACAUCGACUUGAUGGGCUUUGGCUACGUUGACGAAAAGACCGGCGAACCUGUCAUCACCGAUAGUCUUCUCCAAGGCGGCAUCGUCUCAGUUUACUACCUCGGAACUCUCUUUGGCUGUCUUUUCGGAGGCUGGGUAGGAGAUAAAGUUGGCCGUAUCAAGACUAUCGCUAUUGGUGCUGCCUGGGCUAUUGUUGGUGCAGCGCUGCAAUGCUCAGCUCAAAACCACGACUGGAUGAUCUGCUCGCGCGCAGUCAACGGCAUAGGGACCGGCAUUCUCAACGCUAUUGUUCCUGUUUGGGCUACCGAGACAGCUGAACAUACCUCACGAGGCCAGUUCAUCGCAAUCGAGUUCACCCUCAACAUCUUCGGUGUGGUAGUGGCCUACUGGUUGGAGUUUGGCCUGUCGUACAUUGACAAUAACAAUUCCGAGUUCGGAUGGCGUUUCCCCAUCGCCUUCCAAAUUCUGCCUCUCCUUGUCCUGCUAGGAUGCGUCUGGUUCUUCCCCGAGUCUCCCCGCUGGCUUGUCAAGGUUGGCCGAGACGAUGAGGCCCAGUACAUCCUGCGUCGUCUCCGUGGAUCGAGUGAGGCGGAUCUUUCCCGGGCUCACGCUGAAUACACCGAUAUCAAGAACAUCGUUCAACUUGAGAACAAAGAGUCCUCUAAGAACUCUUAUCUGCACAUGUUCUUUGGCAUUGGGUCAGGCGAACUUCACACUGGUCGACGCGUUCAGCUAGUCAUCUGGCUCCAAAUCAUGCAAGAAUGGGUCGGAAUCGCCGGCGUAACUGUAUACGCCCCUACAAUUUUCAGAAUAGCCGGGUUUGACACACGCAAAUCACAAUGGAUCAGUGGUCUCAACAACAUCUUCUACAUGUUUGCCACGCUCAUCUGCGUCUAUACACUCGAUCGUAUCGGCAGAAGAUGGACUCUUUACUGGGGUGCCGUCGGUCAGGGAAUAGCCAUGUUCCUUGCCGCAGGAUUCUCUAAGCUUGGCCAAGAAGCCCGCGAUGCGGGUGACCUCGACAAAGCUAGCUCAUACGGUGCAGCAGCCGCAUCCUUCGUCUUCAUUUUUACUUCCGUGUUUGGAGCCACCUGGCUAACCGUUCCUUGGCUCUACCCCGCCGAGAUCUUCCCUCUGCAAGUUCGAGCCAAGGGUAACGCUUUUGGCGUUUUCGGCUGGUCCAUCGGCAACGGAUGGUUGACUCUUCUCUGCCCCGUCAUGUUUUCGGCCAUUGGCGAGAACACACUCCAUAUUUUUGGAGCCUGCAACAUUAUUGCAAUUCCAAUGGUUUGGGCAUUGUAUCCCGAGAGUAACCAGCGCACUCUUGAAGAGAUGGAUCUGCUGUUUGCGGCUGACACGCCUUGGGUCUGGGACGCCGAAAAGAAGUUCAAGGAGUUGAAGGAGAAGCAGCCUGGUCUUGUUACUGCUUCCGCUCAUAACAGGGAUGUUAUGGACGUUGAGCCUGGUGUUAAGGCUGGUUCUGGGGAUGAGGUGAACAUGAGUACUUAA